AGUACCCUCCCCCGGCGCUGAUUGGCCAGCGCCGGGGAGGCACGUGACCGUGUGGCAGAGCUGUGGGAAGAUGGCGGAGGUGUCAGGCGUCUCUCCGGAAAAUGCCUGGGGAGGAAAAGUUGACUCUUCUUUUAGUGACAAUGGACUAGAUCCUGCACUCUUCGUUGAAAACAGGAGAAAAGGGAGUAUUGUAUCAAGAGCUAACAGCAUUGGCUCUACCAGUGCCUCUUCAGUACCAAAUACAGAUGAUGAAGACUCGGAUUACCAACAGGAAACCUAUAAAGAAACCUAUAAGGACCGUCGCCGGCGUGCCCACACACAAGCUGAACAGAAGCGAAGGGAUGCCAUCAAAAAAGGCUAUGACGAUUUGCAGGCAAUUGUACCAACAUGCCAACAGCAAGAUUUCUCAAUAGGAUCUCAGAAGCUAAGCAAGGCGAUUGUACUGCAAAAGACCAUUGAUUAUAUUCAGUUCUUGCACAAGGAAAAGAAGAAGCAGGAGGAAGAAGUCUCUACACUCCGGAAAGAUGUGAUGGCAUUGAAAAUCAUGAAAAUAAAUUAUGAGCAGAUUGUCAAAGCUCACCAGGACAAUCCAAAUGAAGGUAAAAACCAGGUCUCUGACCAGGUGAAGUUCAACGUUUUCCAAGGUAUCAUGGAUUCCUUGUUCCAGUCUUUCAAUGCCUCCAUCUCCGUGACAAGUUUUCAGGAGCUUUCAGCAUGUGUCUUCAGCUGGAUAGAGGAGCACUGCAAGCCACAGACCCUACGGGACAUUGUCAUUGGUGUCUUGCAACAACUGAAGAGCCAGCUCUACUAACGACAUGGAGACAACUAGGAGGACAUUUUGGAGUUGUGUGGCCAGGCUUGAAUUUUUCCAGUAAUUCCUCUUCAAGCUUUUUAUGGGGCCACUGAUCGUGUUUAGCCCUUCUGGCAACUCCUGAAGUCAGCAGGGAAUUAGCUACCGAUGAAAAUCAACUGCUGCUGUACCCAGUUUCAGGUCUUGGCCCUGCUGUGUUCUGCAAGUUAACAGAUCAGCCAAGUGGUUUUAAAAUCAGCUUAGCUCCUUUCCUAAGAACACAGAGGUACUAGGACUUCAGUUCUCUUUAGACUAUCCUUCUUAGAGCAGCAGCUGAGCUUUUUAAAUUCUUAGCACAAGAAACUGAGACAUUAUACUUGAGGCUUGGUUUAAUUGACAUUAGCUAGGUGGAAAGAGCUGUAUGUUCUGUGAUAUACAUGCAGACACCUAGUUCACACACAGUGGCUUUGUAUAGCAUUUACUUUGAGCUAAGGGCUGACUUAAGCAAUAAAUUGCUGUGUUUUGCAUAAUGUCUUUUGUUAGCCUUACAGAGGUGCAAUAACCCAUGGUACCACAGAAGUCAAGUCAUACCCUCAAAUACCUAAGUAGCCUACAGCCCAAUUUCUUAGAGCCCUUCUCAAAUUGCUGGACUGACGUAUAGGUGCAGUUUGCUGUCAGUGCGCGCAGUUAAGAGUCCAGAUAAGCUCAUUGAUUCUGCUAGCAAAAAACACAGGUGCGCCUGAGAAGAGAACUUUUCAGACUCCUCUAUGCCUAAGCCAAUCUUCUGCAACUUCUACUUCCUUUUCCGUAACUAAAAAGGGUGUUGUUUUUAAAAAUACACACACUGCUGUCUGGCUCUGCUGCUGGUUGGUGGAGAAGGACUCUGGUUUAAUUACUACUUUUGUCACUCAUGGAAAUUAAACUAUUUUUUUAUCACGACAAGCAACAAGCAAUUCUAAUAAAUUUUGCUAAGUGUUUCAGUUA